AUGUUAGCAACAACAGCACCAAACUCGUUAGUCAUGAACCCAACUUCAAUGUUAGUAGAGAUGAAAAGCUUCAUUCCUUCUUCAUAUACUUUCGAAACAAAAAUCCAGAAGAUAAAGCAAGAACUUUUAACAAGUAAUUUAGACUGUAGUGCGAAAGAUGAAACAAAUGAACAGUAUCUUUAUGAAAUGCAGGAUAUUAUUGACCAUUUACCCAAAUUGCCUGAAAUCCAACAACAAAAACUUACUAUUCCAGAAUUCGAUGAAAUAGAAGUCAAAGCAACUGACUCAGUAGAAAUAAAGAAGUUCAUACGAAAGGUUAACUAUGAGUUUCUUGGAUUUCAUUGCAACCACAAAGUCAUGGACAAAGAUUGCGAUAUGGUAUAUAAGAACAUCUCUGACAUAUACAAAUCUGGGGAGUUUAAGACCUACGACAACUUUGUUUCGUUAGUUGCAAAAUGUGUAUGGCAGAUAAGAGAUAAA